UCGUUCAAAGAGUGGCGGGGUUCAGCGGCUGGGAGGCGGCGAGAGCGGCCCGGGGCGGGAGCGGGGCCGGGGGUCGCGCGUUCUCCCAGCUCUGGAUGGAAACUGCAGUGUUUUUUGAGCUGUGGACUGCAGUAAGGGUGGAACAGUUCUGUCUGUAGUGUAAGUUAGUCAACAUAGAUGAAGAGUUUGUGUCUUGAAGAAGUCUCUCUCUUCCUGUCCUGAGAAAAGGACCUCAAAGUGGAAGCUGUCCUUGUGUCCUGUUAACUGCCAAGUCGUUCCUUUCCUUUGGAGUUCAACAGCCAUGGGGCCAUCGAAAAGAGAAGAGGAGGAGCAGAGCAUAAUCUUGAUCAGCGAUGAUGAAGCUGAGGUCACAUGUGAGAGCUCAGUUCUGUUAGUAGACCAAUUGAAGAAAUCUGCACUGGAAGAGGAGAAAUCUGAAGAAGUUGUGGAUGAGGAAUGUGAACUAAUGGUUACUUUCUGUAAACAAGCAAAUGUGAUGCCUCAUGCAAGAUAUGACUGUACAAUGCACCCCUUUGAGCGAACGGAAUGUGACACAUGCUCACCCCUUGGAAAAAAUGCUGAUAUCUGUAAUCAGUGCUACUGCUACAUUUGUGAUAAGCUAGCUUCUGAGUGCCAGAACUGGACAACCCCUUCCCUCUGUCACUGCAAUGCACACAACAAGAGCAAAUUCUGGAAGGACCAGCGUGACUUUGCCUUGGCUGGUGUUCUGGUGAUGUUCAAUUUGGAGCUCACAGAUAUAGAUGCAGACCUUCGGCAUGGUGGAAGUCUUCUAUUAAAAUUUAUCCAGGAACUUUCUGUGGAAUAUAACAAGUACCUGCUUGGAGAAAGAAUGUCUCCCACACAACACGAAUGCUUUUGCCUCCCAAAAUUGCCUCCUGGGCAGUGCAACAUCUGCAAGUCACGUGGCAUGGAGGUUGUAUACAAGUAUUGUGGAGUUUUUGCGCUGGUAACGAGAUUUUUAAAUCAGGCAGAAGGAGAGAGUCCUAAAGCUGCUGCUGUCAUGUUUCUGGGGGCAGCUAAAGAGAUAGCACUUCAUAAAGAUCCUGCUUUAAGCUGGCAGAACCUUGGUCAUACUGCUUCAUUGAAGAUUGCUGUCCCUUGCCUGUUGCAAAGGAUCACGACACAACUUCAGAGGAUGCUGGUGUUGUGUGACUUCCCAAAAAAUUUGUAUGAGAAGUUUGUUAAUUUUUUUCAGUCCAUUUCACUUCCAUGUCACUGUUUUGGCUUCUCAAAUAGCUUGAAUGUUGUGCCAUGGGACCAUGUGUUACUGACCACAGUUUUAAAAGGCCAGAACAUCACUGGUCAAAGAACACAGAAAGGAAGAAAAGUAUUUCUGUGGGAAACGCUCCCUGUUAUAGAGGCUCGAGUGGAGAGAUUGGUAGACAAACAGAACUAUAAAGAAGUUGUUCGCUACCUGAGAGCUGUGAAAUGCAACGAUACCAAAGGCUUAAGAGACCUUCGAGAUAAAAUCCCCUUCUAUCUGUGCAAAACUGGAGACUUCCUGGACGCUGCACACUCGCUGCUGUUCCCUGUCAACAGCCUGGCGUGCUGCUCGGCCUGCCGAAUAACACCCUGCCAGUUCGAGGUCUACCUCAAGAUGUUCAGAACGGGCAGUGUCCCCACUGGAAAGGAUAUGCUAGACCCUGGGCCCUGGAUUACUGUUGGGUCACCCCUGAAAGAUGGUGUUCUGAUUAAGCAGGCACUCAAACUCCUUUACAGCAACGUGUCACUAUACAGGAAUCCUAAAUGCUGGAGUUCCCUCAUCAUGAUCUUGGGUAGUAGCAGUUUACUGGAAAAAAGUGGGAACCUACAUCCCCUGUCCCUGAAAGAGCCACCGCUUGACUUCCAAAAGGGGGUGCUUGCUGCCAGUGGUGGCCUUUUGGAGGAACUGAAGGCAAAAAUUAAUGUUUCUCUACCACCUUCUAUUUUCUCUCCUCAUUUGCACCAUGAGGCUUGUCUCAUUCUCGCAGUGCAAGCAGUACAACAGAUGCUUUUCUGUGAUCUUCCAUACUUGACUUCCUUCUUAGAGAUAGCCCUGGCUUUCGGGAGUAACUUUUGGGCUCUGAAGCUGUUGUUGGACCAUCUUUCCUAUGAAGAACAUGUUCUCCAUGGCACCGUCAAUCUGAUUUUGAGAGAUCUAAAUCGUCAGAAAGCAACAAUGCUAAAACUGUGGCAAAACCUAGGUCCCCAGUACGUGGGUGAAUUCCUCUGCCUGUUCCUGACCUGCAGACAUAAGAAGAUGCAAUCCAUUGGCUUAUUUGCUCUCAGCAUUAUCACAGAGAACCUGCACCUGUGUCCGUGGGCAAAGCAUCUUUGCAACUUCUUUCACAGUGCAGGAUUAAGGCACCUGCCCCUCGGCACCACAGCUCUUCAUGAAGUCUCAAAGUUCAUGAGCAUUUUUGAGAAACCCUAAUUUGGCAAAAGCUCCAGGAAUAUUUUCCUAUUGGAAUCUGAGAAAUCUCUUGCUGGAGUCCCACGUGUUCUGCCAUGGCUGUCAGCUCCAAACACAUUCAGCUAUAAAACUGACUUCAGACAAAUAAAGACAAAACUCGCGGUUACUCUGGUGAGCAGUGACUGUACUUCAGCAGACAUGUUUGGAAAACUCCCUUUCUUGCAGGUCCAUGAAUUAAGCAUUUGUUUCAAGAGGUAGCAGGUGUAAGUUUGGGACUUUUUCUUUUUAAAAAAGCUGAUCUACAGAGAUGCUGAUGGAGGAAGUGACAGAAACACGGACGCAACAAAGCGCUGCAGUGGUUACUUCUGUAGUGACACAGGUGCGGGCACAAGGCCUGCAGCAGAGCAACCACGGGGGGAGCGAAAGCUUAGACAAGGGAAACUGCCUCAAAAUGCUGCUUGCACACCCUCUUCUGUCUGUGUCAUUUUAAAAAGAAGCCACACUUGAGGCUGAAGGACAUUAACUGAAGUUUCCUUCCUUGCUUCGAGACAGAUCCAGGGAGGCCUGAUGCAGUAAGUAGCCUGGUUGGUUUGUAAGUUAUCAUAAUCUCUAGUUUUCAGGGGUUUCCAUUUGUGGGGCUUUUGGUUUUUGUUUUAUCAAUAGGUGAUUGUUAUACUGGUGCUGAUGCCUCUCUGGAUUUCUCAAGUCCUUAUUGUGGUGCUAAGUUUAACUUCUGAACUGUGAAGGUAGAAAUGGAGAGAGUUUUUUAACCGGUUGAUUCUCUCCAUUGUCCUACCGUGGUACCUGUCUGGACAGGUUUGGCAGUCGGGAGGGGAAAAAUCUCAACCUGUGGUGAACUGUAUUUUGCACAUUUGAGGCUUUCAGUGGCUUUUACAGCUUUUGUUAUCCUAAGCAAGCUAUGCUACUAUUCGAGUUCUGUAGAAAAGUGUACAUGUAUCGAAAUC